GAUAAGAUGAACAUCAGUCAUUGGUUGAAAUUCAAUCCGCCUCUUCACUGUUACGUAGAACAUAAAAUGUUAGGGUAGAUUUCAUUCAACUCAAAUUUUAAUUAUCACGGUAAACCAAUUCAUGAAAAUAUGGCUACACUAUUUUAUGCCAGUGCUAGUUUUAUUCUUGUGGGACUAACACUCCAGAUAACUAUAGCAGAAAACAUUGCCUUCUAUGCACAUACAGCAUCAGAUGGCAGCUAUCCUGAGGGAAAGGUUCUCAAAUUUUCGAACGUUCUACUUAAUGACGGAAAUGGAUACAAGCCAGGCUCUGGCAUUUUUACUGCACCCGUGUCCGGCGUCUACCAGUUCACAGCACAUGCUUGCAAUUCAGCAGAAAAAUACAUGGUUAUUGCAAUCAUGAAAGGAACUCAACAAAUUGCAGUCAGCACGGGCUCCGGAGAUGGCUCCAUCUGUAAUUCCGUCACCACUAUUGCAAAAGUUCGAAAGCAUGAAAAUGUAUAUAUUGUGUCUGCCUGGUACGAUAGUCACAUGUUCUCUAAUGACCACCGUUGGCCGUCGUUUAUGGGGUUUCUUUUGUAUAAAAUAUAGAUCAACUUGUUCGAUACAGGCAGUUUGGACUUGACGCAGCAAAGUUUUUUUACAUAUACAUACAUACAUUGAUAAUGAAACAGAUACUUUACCAAGAAAACAUGUAAUAGUCGCUUUUAUUUAUCAUUUCUGAAGGAAAUUAUAUUGCAAAGUCUUAAUUGUCACUUUUCAGAGGUCAGGUUUAGUAGCUGUCGAUUUUCAUCAUGUAAUACUAAUAAUAAACGAUAUAUCCCGAUAA